AUGAAAAGCCUUUGGGAUGAACUUGAUGCACUUAAUACAUUCUCUGCUUGUGUGUAUGAUUGUGAGUGUGGGGCUAAGGCUAAGUCACACAAAGCACAUCAAGAUAAAAGACUUCUGCAAUUCCUAAUGGGUCUAAAUGACACAUUCAUUGGGCCAAGGAGCAACAUAUUCCUAUCUUCCCCUUUACCCUCUAUAGGACAAGCUUAUUCUCUAGUCAUUCAAGAUGAAAAACAAAGAGAAAUACAUGCUACACCAGCUUAUCCUGGGGAAUCAACUUCUUUUAUUGCUAACAAUCAGGCAGCAAACUUCAAAAGGUUCAAGGAUAAUAGAGGUAGAAGGGUUUCCUCAACUCUAAGAAGGCUACUGGUAUUUGUGCCUACUGUAAAAAUCCAGGUCAUACCAUUGAUCAAUGCUACAGAAUUCAUGGUUUCCCAACUGAGAUUUAGUUUACAAAUCAGAGAAAGUUUCAAGGAAAAGGACAAGUGCAAGCAAGUAAUGUUUUCAGCUCAAAUGAAGAAAGUGUGCAAACAGCUUCUUCAACAGGUGAAGUUGGGACAACAGAGUGCAAGCACCUCUGAACCUUCAGCCAAUGUGAGUUGUGCUGGUAUGACAAAAUUCUUUGAUUCUUAUGCUUGUUUCAUUGAAAUUAACAGCAAUUCAUGGAUAUUAGAUAGUGGAGCAACAGAGCAUAUGUGUUUCAACAAAGAAUUCUUUAUUCAACAUAAAGCCUUACCUAAACCCCUUAUGGUUAAGCUUCCAAAUUCCUAUAGAGUUAAGGUGACACACUCAAGUUUAGUUUCUUUGUUUCCUAAUAUGGUUUUACAAGAUGUUUUGUAUACGCCAUCUUUCAGACAUAACCUUUUAUCUGUACAUAAAUUGUGCAGACAACUCAAGAAGUAUGUCUUAUUCACCCCUUAUUCUUGUAUUCUAUUGCAUGGCCCUUCACUGAAGAGCCCUAUGGAUAUUGGUAAAGAAGAGGGAGGGCUUUACAUUCUCAAAUCUAGCCAUUCAGCAGCUGCCUCUAGGAAUCUAUCUAAGUAUAGUAGUUUUUCUGUUUCAAAAAGGAAUGCACAUUCCAAUGUUGUUUUUAAUUUCUGUUUUGUCUUUUCUGAUCCUAAUGUAAAAGAAAAGUUAUGGCACUAUAGAUUAGGCCAUUUACCAUUGAGUAAUAUGAAGAAAAUCUCAUCAGAUUAUGUUCCUUCUUGUUCCAGUUUUUCUAGUCCUUGUUCUAUUUGCCCUAUGGCAAGACAAUCUAAGCUUCCAUUUCCCACAAGUUCUAUAUCAACCAAGAAUGCUUUUGAAAUGAUACAUGUGGAUACCCGGGGACCUUAUAGCACCUCUACUUAUGAUGGUUUUAACUAUUUCCUCACCAAUAUGGAUGAUUUUACUGGAGAGGUUACACCAGUUAUUCCCUCUUCUCAUGCUUCCAACACACCACUCACCUCACCAGUCUUUACUCUUCCUACUACCUCACCUACCUCAUCUCCUCUUCCUACAGCACACCUUACCUCUAACUAUACCUCAGAAUCUUGUUCUCCAUCACAUAGUCCUAUCCCUCUGUUUCCUUCUUCUAGAAAUGAACCUCACUUAGAAAAUCUCAUCAGAAAGUCUUCCAGGCCACACAUUCCUCCUGCCCAUCUCAAGGAUUACAUUUGCAAUGCCCUACAUCUCACAAAUGUGAGCACUUCCUGUUUCCUCACUCCUGUGACACCUCAUUUUGUUUCUUUUAGUGGUCUCUCUUCUACCAACCAACAUAUGUUCAAUUCUCUUUCUAAUCUUCAUGAACCUGUUAGUUUUACACAAGAAGCCCACCAUCCAGGGUGGCAGGAAGCUAUGGCAAAGGAGAUUGAGGCUCUUGAGCUCAAUAAGACUUGGGAUGUGAUAGAGUUACCACCAGGGAAGAAGGCUUUGCCAUGUAAGUGGGUUUACAAAAUUAAACAACACUUCGAUGGUUCUGUGGAAAGAUUGAAAGCCAGGUUGGUUGUAAGGGGAGACAUCCAGAGAGAAGGUAUAGAUUUUGAUGAAACGUAUUCCCUUGUGGUGAAGAUGACCACAAUAAGGUGCAUACUAGCUACAACUGUUAAAAAGGGAUGGGGUCUCUAUCAAUUAGACGUGAAUAAUGCCUUUUUACAUGGAGAUUUAAAUGAAGAGUCUACAUGA